CGCAAAUAUGUGUGCUUAUGUACAGGAAGAUGAAAUUUUUGAAGGUGUUGAAGACAGUGAUGGAGUAAAAACACCUGAAUUCUCAUCCUGAGAAAAGCAGAAAGAAGAUUUCGAACAAAGAGGAAACCUAAAAAGCAGCACAGUCGAAAGUAAGGACAAGGAAGAAGAAAAAUAUCCUGAGAUAUCAGAAGAUAGCGCGAAUGUUUGAGACUCUUCUAUAGAUGAAAGAGAGGAUAUAAAAUAACUUCCAUGAGACAGUAACUCAACUAAAUAUGUCAAACAGCCCAAGCAACCAGCCUGCAGAUUUUGCUGAUAUUAUCAAAGCUGAAAACUAUUUCAAAGAUUACUCAAAUCCAACUCCGAUUACUCAAUAUCAGAUGGACACUGAUAUGACCUUUAUAAACAAUAAAGAAGCUUCAAGUCCAUCUUCAUCAACAGGAUCAAUAGUCAGGUUCAAUGUCCGCUCUACCUUCAAAAGAACCUUAUCCAAGGAUUCUGAUAAGUUUCAGAGCGAUGCUCCAGAAACACCUCAGAGCUCUUCAAAGCAAAGUCUCAAGCUGGAUAAUCCUAAGUUUAGGCAGCCGGUAAAUUCGGUGAUUUCCUUGCCUUCGCUUUCUAAAGAAAUUCUCCUUGUCACCAAAGCUAAAGAAAUCAAGCUUGAACAUGACUCUGAAAUCACCAAAGAGAGGGUCAACUUGAAUAUCUCCGAUAUCCAGCCUAAUCCUUUAGACUUCAGGAAGAAACCUGAGGGGACCUUGCCUGCCAAGAAGACUUUCAAGAAGAAGAGAAAGGGUAGAAAUACCAAGAAGAAGGCCGAAUCCAAACACAGGCAGAGAUUACUGAUGACUAUUAAGAAGUCAGCCCAGGCUAGGUUCUAUAAGCCCAAGCAGCUUUCUACUAACUAUUCUGGUAUGGACAAGGUCAAUGGGAAGAAUGCAGGCAAGAGUAGGAAUAACCUUUACUAUAACCCGCCAAGAACUCUGAACCAAUCGGUAGCAACCUUUAAGACACAUAAUAAACUUUUGUUCAAGAAGAGCAAGAAAGGCAACCUGACCAAAAGACAGCCAUCACAGAGAUAUUAUAAGAGGCCCCUCAAUUUGUUACAAAUUUUACAAUCUCAAAAGGAACUUUCCACUAUUGAUAAUGACGACAUUGAAUGCAGCUUUAGACCUGUAACGAAUCAGAAGAGCUUAAGGUGUCUCUCUGCAAGAAACUUAGUUGCUAAUUCCUCGACUAGAGAUUAUAUUAAAAGAAACCUCAGCGUGCAGAAUUUCGGGAGUAUGCUACAUUGAAAACACACUGUUUCUUCGCUGAGAAGGUCAGCUUCGAACUCAAAGUCAAGAUCCAAGGGCGAAACUAGUCCUAUACAUGAAACAAGUUACUCUAGGAACUUGAUGUCUACUCCUAGUUCCUUUGUGCAUAGCCCUGAGACUUCUCAAAAUUCAUCAAGAUACUAUAGUUCUCUACAAAAGAAGAUUUUUAAGCAAAUUUUCGAUCAGAUAAAUUCUGAAAAAUUGAUUGUGAAUCAGAAGCAAUCAUCCAGAAUGAAGAAUAUAACAGAGAAAUGCUUGCAUGAUUAUACACAGAAAAACCAUCAGAUCUGUAAUCAAAACUUGACCCUGGACGAUCUAGACCUACAGACAGUGAAGAUCCUAACUCCUGUUAUUAAGAAGAUUCAGGCUUCAGAGACUGGCAUCUCGAGAUGAAAAUUUGUCAAAUCAUGUCUUGAAUUGUAUAAAACACUGACUCAGAAGGAGAAGACUCACUUGCUAAAACUUCAUAGUCACAGCUGCAGUGAAAGUGUCAAUGGUACUUUCAUGCCAACCUUGAGUAAAAAGUCGAGAGCAAUUGUGAAGAAGCUCCCUCAAGAAGAUAGUGUGCAAGAGAGAUUGUAUAAAUUGCACCAAGAAAGAAGGUCUAGGCUGUUUCAGGAGAAGAAGAAGAAGGAUUUGGAGGAAAUUGAGAAGUGCUCAUUUUAUCCAGCGACUAGUAGGAGUACAGGAAAGUUUAAGAGAAUUUUGGAAUCAUAA